AUGGUUGCAGCUCCUGCCACCACUCAUCCCCUGAAGGCAAUAACUGUUACUGAGGUGAAGAGUGCAGACAAGAAAGGUGUGAAAACACCUACAGCCUCGAAACCUACAGCAAAGCAAGACUUUGUGGAUCCAUUAAGUGGUACAGACCCACUGAGUACGGGUGUCACAGUGGUUUUUGAAGGUUCUGAUCCUUUGUCAAUGAUGGUGAAAGCUGAGGCAGGCUCUGUUGUCUCCGGAAAAUCUAGUCGAGCAGAUAGUAUUAAGAUAAAUGAUGAUACUGGAUUGAGUGAUACUUUUGAACCAUGGGCUUCAAAGAAAUCUGGCAUACUGGCCAAGUAUACAACAUCAGAAAAGUUGUCUAUCACUACUAGUUUUCUUUCAUCUUCUGAUCAUGAGCGAGUUGUGAUCAAGACCCAGACUCAAGUGAGUACAGUCAGUGACAAGGUGAAGAACAGACUGGAGCAGCUGGAUGAUUUUGAGGAGGGAUCUGUCAAAGAGAUGCUGAACCUUAGUCAACAGGAUUAUGUGAAGAGAAUCGAGGAACUGAACCAAGCCUUGAUAAGUGCAUGGGAUGCUGACCACCGAGUCAAAGCUUUAAAAAUUGCAAUUCAGUGCUCAAAACUGCUGGCAGAUACCUCUGUCAUUCCAUUCUACCCCAGCAAAUUUGUUCUGAUUACAGACAUCUUGGAUACAUUUGGUCGACUGGUUUACGAUCGUCUACUUGAUAAAGCUCAGACGUCUAUGCCAGGAACAAGACCCCACCGAUUGUCAGCCAAUUUCUCUUCUGAUGAAGUACCUGAGGCUGCAAAAGAAACUUGCAGAAAUUGGUUCUUCAAAAUUGCUUCCAUAAGAGAACUGAUUCCCAGAUUUUAUGUGGAAGCUGCAAUACUCAAGUCAUACAACUUUCUUAACACAGGAGAAUACACAGAUGUUUUACAGCGACUGUGCUUCAUGACCAGAGGCAUUGGGGAUCCCCUUGUAGCAAUUUAUGCAAGAUGUUACCUGUGUCGGGUUGGCAUGCUUGUGGCCCCGCGGUUCAAGAAUCAUAUACCUCAGUGUUUUGAGGAUUUUAUUGCCACGUUUCACCAGGUGCAAGGUGACAGUGUUCAGAAUAUUCUGGCAGUGCAGAAGCUGGAGCUGCCUCGCUAUCUAAGUUUGUUUUCCCCUGCCUUAGACUGGAUUCUGCAGUGUCUAGCACAUGAUGCUUCUGAGAACCUGCUCAAUGAAACACUGGAUAGAUGUAAACAGGGUUGCAAUAGUGCUCUGAUGAUCAACUCCAUCAUGUCUGCCUUCCAGCCUCAGUACAUUGCCAGUAGAGCUCUUGUUUUUACAGAGUUGAUCAGAGAUUGUGAGGACACUGGACUUCCUAAGUACAUCUUACAUCGCACGCUGGGGCUUUGCCUGGUAAUUGCUGACACACCUGCAGACCAGCAACUCCCUGUACUGAAUGAAGUAUGGAAAGCUGUGGUAAAGCUCAAGAAUCCAUCAGAAUAUAUCAGCUGUGCAGAAGUGUGGAUAGAAUUUGUGGUCAAACACUUUGGGAAGAAAGAAAUCAACACAAUCCUGGGUGACAUCAUCAAACAUGUGACACCAGACCGAGCUUACGAGGACUUCUACCCACAGCUGCAGUCGGUGGUUAGCAAGAUCAUGUCACACCAGCAUGAUUUUUCACUGCUGUUUUCUCUUGAAAAGUUCCUGCCCUUCGUUGAUAUGUUUCAAAGGGAAGCCAUCAAAGUUGACGUUUGCAAGUGCAUCUUGGAGUCAUUUAACAAACACCAGCUGCAGCCAAUGAAUGACCCCGUGGUCAUCAAUGCCAUGAUGUAUCUUGGGAAGAUCAUGCACGAUGCCGUUAAUGCUUUAACUUUGGAAGAUGAAAAGCGAGUUAUUAGUAAUUUGUUGUGUGGGUUUUUGCGAUUGGUGCAGUUUGGUCGAGAUUUUGAACAACAGCUGAGUUUCUAUGUUGAGUGCAGGGCUUACUUCAGUAACCUGGACCCGGUGCUUAUUACUUUGGUUCAGUCUGUUAACAAUUUGGCUGUUGAAACCAGAAAAGUUGUCAAGGGCAACCAUUCAAGGAAAACUGCUGCUUUUGUUCGGGCGUGUGCAGCAUUUUGUUUCAUUACCAUCCCAUCUCUGCAGUCUGUGUUUUCCCAACUACAGCUAUAUUUACUGUCAGGACAGGUGGCCCUACUCAAUCAGUGCUAUUCACAGGGUGAUGCAUUUUUCAGAGCAGCGGUAUCACUAGUAGCAGAUGUACCCAAAACAAUGGAUGUUGUAGACAGUAAGUCAAGGUCUUCAGAAUCGUUCUUGCUGGAGUACUUGUUUAGUUUUGUGUCUACACUUCUGGUUAUCCCGGACAGUCCAGAUAUGGGUGUGAUGUAUUUGCUGCGGGGAUUGCUCAACGUAUUACAGGACUAUACGUGGGAGCCAAACAGUGAUGCCCGUAUUCUAGUGUACACAAGAGUACUUUCCAUGUUGGCAGCAGCUUCACAGGAACACUAUCCAUAUCAUAUUGACAAAGUGGACUCAAAUGAUGCUAUGUAUGGCAGUGACCCCAAGUUUUUGGCUGAGUUACGGGCAAUUGCAGAUACACUGAUCGGAGAAAUGCUCUCCCACCUCAAAGCUAUAUCUGGCCCGGAGUUUGCAAAACGUCAGAGUUCUCUAGUGCUGGAGAUAAUAUCAGUACUGGUGGCAUUUUGUGACAUGAGCAAACCGUCUAUGUUGACAUUGACAACCAAUUUUUGGUCUUUGGCUCAAAAACAAGGCCAGGCAGACGUCAAGUUAAUGAAAAGAAUUCAGGACCACGUCAGAGCAAUGGCAGAUGAUGACAUACCAGGCUUCCAGACUUUGCUGCAAAAGCUUUCUCUGAGUGAAUGA